AUGGUGUACCUUCUGGCCGAAACUCCUCAAGGGUAUGGCCUCUUUAAGAUGGCAAAGGAUUCCUUGCUGGAGGUUACCCCGGAAGACAUAAGAGACAGGUUUAAGGAUGCUGUGUCAACGAAAGACUCGAUUCGAUUGGAAUCUUUCCGGCGUUUUAAAGAUAUGAAGGAGGCCACGGAAGAGGCGAUAAAGAUCCAGGAAGGGGCGAUUGGUUCAGUGUUGAAGUCGUUUUUGAAGAAGUCGUUGCGCAAGAAAGGUGACGAUGUGACGCUGGCUGUGUGGGAUAAAGUGCUUGCUGGUAAUAUCAAGAAGAAGUUUGAUAUUCAGGUGGUGCUGAGUCCGACGGUGCAUGAGAUAUUCCGGACGGUUCGCGAGUACAUGAGUGAGCUAGUGGCAGAUUUGGAUGAUAGCACGGCAAUGGGAAUGUCAUUGUCUCAUUCGUUGUCUCGCUUCAAGUUGAAGUUCUCCCCGGAGAAGGUGGACGUGAUGAUCAUUCAGGCCGUGGGUCUGUUGGAGGACUUGGAUAAGGAGGCCAACAACCUGGCGAUGCGACUAAAGGAGUGGUACGGGUUCCAUUUCCCGGAGUUGUUGAAGAUCGUGGAUAGCAAUCAGGCCUUUGCGAAGUGUGUGCUGAAAAUUGGGUACCGGACGAACGUCAAGACUGUGGAUAGUUUCAAUGACUGUGAGCUGAGUGAUGAGGUGGAGACACAGUUGCGGAAUGCUGCCGAAACAUCCAUGGGCUCAGACCUGGUCGAUGAAGAUUUGGCAUGCAUUAAUGAGGUCGCGAAUCGAGUGCUUGCCAUCUAUCAGUAUAGGGAAGAACUAACCGACUACUUAAAGAAGCGUAUGGAGGCUAUAGCACCCAACCUCACUUACCUCGUAGGAGAGAUUCUCGGUGCCAAGCUAUUGGCCCAAGCCGGCUCUCUCUCCGGGCUUGCCAAACAACCCGCUUCGACCGUGCAAAUUCUGGGCGCUGAAAAGGCUCUUUUCAGAGCUCUCAAAACGAGAUCCAACACACCCAAAUACGGGCUUGUCUACCACGCAAAGGUGGUCGGCCAAGCCCCUCCCAAGAUCAAGGGGAAAAUGUCUAGAGUCAUUGCCAACAAAAUUGCACUCUGUGUCAGAACGGACGCCUAUGGUGAACCAACCGAACCAGGCGUAGCAGUCGGGGCCAAGGCCUUCUGUGAAAAGCGCCUAGAACAACUUGGAGAAGAAAUGGCCAACUCUGGCAAUGUCAGCUUCCGAAAAUUCGCCACACAACAUGCACAAAAAUACACUCCCUCCAGACUCAGGAACAAACCCGACCAGGCCUAA